AUGCCUCCGCGUGCUCCACAAGAUCUUGAAGAUUUAGCUCCUGAUCGGUCGCUGCCCAGAAUGCCACAGCUAGCUCCGCCUCAGGCGGAUCAGCCGCCACGUAUUUUGGGUCGUGUGGCGUAAGUUUUGUAAAAGCUUUUACGAAACUGUGAUUUUCUUCGCAGACCGAAUCCACACCGCGCGGGUGACCGGGAGAGAAGAGUAAAGUAAGAAAUUCAGCAAAACAAAACAGUUUUUCAUUAGACUUUUCAGUCUCGCCGUAAUCCCACCGGAACGCCGCUUCCCCUUCAUUCUCCGCUUCUUUUUGGCACCACAACUUGCUCGGUAAUAAACUGAAACAUCUCACAGUUCUUCAUCAUACCGUAUUUCUAGCUACCUGAGAAUGCGCCGUGAAGCUGCUGAAGAGCGGACAAGACAAGCGCAAGCGGAGGAGGAGAGAAGAUUUCCAGGAGAAGAGGAAAAUGGAAGUGGAAGCCAAGCGGACGAGGAGAAAGGAAACGAACCGAACGAUCAGGAAGGUCGAGGAGCUCCGACAUCACCCGCAACUGCACAGUAA